UAGCAGUCACCACCCCCUGCGAGCGCCAGAGCCCAGCCAGCCGCGCGGAGGCUGCGGAGCCUGUGGUCGUGGAGCUGGCCCUGCGGGGCCCCGGGGGGGAGGGGGAGCCGCAAAGCCCCCGCUGAGGCCGCCGUUGCCGGGCCUCUCCUCCCCCCCGGGCCGGCGCCAUGCGGGGGGGCCCGGGAGACGCGGAGCGGCGGCAGCGCUGGGGUCGCCUCUUCGAGGAGCUGGACAGUAACAAGGAUGGGCGCGUGGACGUGCACGAGUUGCGCCGGGGACUGGCGAGGCUGGGCGGGGGCGACCCAGACCGCGGUGCCCAACAGGGCAUCUCUCCUGAGGAUGGCGCUGACCCAGAUGGCGGGCUGGACCUGGAAGAGUUUUCCCGUUAUCUGCAGGAGCGAGAACAGCGCCUGCUGCUCAUGUUUCACAGUCUUGACCGGAACCAGGACGGUCAUAUUGACGUCUCUGAGAUCCAGCAGAGCUUCCAAGCUCUGGGCAUUUCCAUCUCGCUGGAGCAGGCAGAGAAAAUUCUGCACAGCAUGGACCGCGACGGCACAAUGACCAUCGACUGGCAGGAAUGGCGCGAUCACUUCCUGUUGCAUUCGCUGGAAAACGUGGAGGAUGUGCUCUAUUUCUGGAAGCAUUCCACGGUCCUGGACAUUGGGGAAAGCCUGACUGUGCCAGACGAGUUCUCAAAGCAGGAGAAGCUGACGGGCAUGUGGUGGAGGCAGCUGGUGGCUGGCGCAGUGGCGGGCGCUGUGUCACGGACCGGCACGGCCCCUCUGGACCGCCUCAAGGUCUUCAUGCAGGUCCAUGCCUCCAAGACCAACCGGCUAAACGUCCUGGGGGGCCUUCGGAGCAUGGUCCGCGAGGGGGGCAUCCGCUCCCUGUGGCGCGGCAAUGGUAUUAACGUACUCAAAAUCGCGCCUGAAUCAGCUAUCAAGUUCAUGGCCUAUGAGCAGAUCAAGCGGGCUAUCCUGGGGCAUCAGGAGACAUUGCGUGUGCAGGAACGCUUUGUGGCUGGUUCCCUGGCCGGUGCCACGGCCCAAACCAUCAUUUACCCCAUGGAGGUGCUGAAGACGCGGCUGACCCUGCGCCGGACAGGCCAGUACAAGGGGCUUCUGGACUGUGCCAGACGCAUCCUGGAGCGCGAAGGGCCCCGCGCCUUCUACCGUGGCUACCUGCCCAACAUGCUGGGCAUCAUCCCCUACGCGGGCAUCGACCUGGCCGUCUACGAGACCCUGAAGAACUGGUGGCUCCAGCAAUACAGCCACGACUCGGCAGACCCAGGCAUCCUCGUGCUCCUGGCCUGCGGUACCAUCUCCAGCACCUGCGGCCAGAUAGCCAGUUAUCCCCUGGCGCUGGUCCGGACCCGCAUGCAGGCCCAAGCCUCCGUCGAGAGCGGCCCCCAGGUGUCCAUGCUGGGUCUGCUCCGUCACAUCCUGUCCCAGGAGGGCGUGCGGGGCCUCUACCGGGGCAUUGCCCCCAACUUCAUGAAGGUUAUUCCAGCUGUGAGCAUCUCCUAUGUGGUCUACGAGAACAUGAAGCAGGCCUUGGGGGUCACAUCCAGGUGAGGGACCCGGAGCCCGGCCCCCACCCCGCGACCCCUCACCCAGGUCGUGACGUCCCCCACACCUCCAGCUGAUGACCCAACCACUGGAUCCCGAUGCUCCGACUCUAGAUCCCAGAUCCCCUGAACGGUAACCUCAACUGUGGGUCCUGCACUUUGGCAACCUGAGUCCGACACCCAAACCACCAGAUCCCAGAUUACACCCCGGCCCUUAAUCCCUACCCCCCCCAGAUCACUGGAUCCUGCACCCCCACACCCCCAAGGUGGAUCCCACGUGUCCCUGUCCCGCCCACUGUGUCCUUGACCUCCGUGUCUUAACCCCUGGAUCCCACUUAACUCAGCGAACGGGUCCCGAUACCCCGACCACAGGAGCACAUGUCACCCCCGCCUGUACCUCAGCACCCAGAUCCCAGCUCCCUCGGGCACCAGAUCCGGUGUCCUCGCGCUGCCCCGGAUCCCAGAUCCCCCAACCCCAGAUCUGCAUGCCUCAAGCCCCGGCUCUCCAAGCUCAGCCACCGGAUUCCGGACAUCAGGAAACCUCAGCCACCCAAUCCUGCCAGUGCAAUGCGAGAUCCGGGGGCCCCCACCACUAGAUCCCAGAUCCUCUUGCCCCAGCCACUGGAUCCCUAAAUUUCAAGCUCCGCACCCUCAGCCCCCAACCACGGGGUCCCAGAUUCCCAAGUCCCUGACCCGCUGGAUUCUGGCUCCUAAAACAAACGCAGAAGCCCAACAGCAUAACAAUCUGCAGCCAGUGGAUUCCAGAUUCUGGAACCCAAAUCCUUCCGCCCCGCGUCACUGGAUGCUGGAACCUCAUACACAGAAGGCAGACCCUGGCACUGGGUCCCGCCCUUGGUUCCUGGUUGCUCAUCUGCAUACUCCGGGCGCUGGGUUCCGAGUGGUCAGGCUCCCUAAUCUAGAUCCCAACAGCCCAAUCUCAGCCUCCUGGGUCCCACACAGCCUCAUCCCAGACACACCCAGAGCCCGGUGCCCACGACAUGAGACUGCGUGGUCUAGGGACCUGCAGGGAAGCCCGGAUCCCACCUGCCCCACAGCUCCGGAAAACCUAGAGCAUUUGUCCCAAGUCUUGGUAUGGGACAUCGCCAGGAAGCAGGGGAAGGGGUGCCUCUCCCACGACCUGCGUGAUCCUGGGUCCUCCCGCACCUCCCAGCCCUGCGGGGAAUCUGUUCCCUGAAACCACGUCCAUUCCCACCCCACCCCACCCCCUGUGGCGUCUUCCAUCCCCUUCCCACUUUAUAGGCUCAUAACCCCCAGGGCCCGAGUCCCUUUGGAGGAUCCAGCCGCUCAUGCUUGGGGGCUUCACGAGUGGGAAGCCAGGAGCAAAUCUGCAUAGCCCACCCUUCCCUAAACCCAAGCAUCCAAAUUAUGCAAAAACAAACAAAAAAAGAGCCAAAUCCCAAAACUCAUUCCGGGUAUAUUUUUGUAGCAGAAAGAGGAACAAAGCCUCCCUCCCCCUCCAACCCA